UCAACGGGGGGGCACUUUCUAACAUAAUGCGAUUUUCCGAAAAUGAGUCACAGCUGUUAAAUUCACGCCUCAUUUUGUCGCCUUUUUCAGAAAUAUGUGUGAUUAGCGGUUCUGGAUGAAUACUUUUGAAAUACAAUGAUGCGAAAACUUGAGUCCUUUGAAAUUCACACAUGUUAUUAACACUUGUUUUUUUGGCCGCAAAAUUCAGUAUAUAUUUGAACGCUAAAUUUACAAAAUCAUUCCACUCAAAUUCACUUUCAGAGUAAUGUCUAAACGCAGUUCGACAACAAAUCCGUCACCGAGGUCAUCCUCAAAGAUUACGUCCUUCUUUGGUUUUUCAACUCCACAAGCAUCACAAUCCAGCGACCUAUCCCAGUCUCCCGUGACAGAAUCAGAUGUCGUGACCGAGAAUCAGCCUAGCACUUCUGGUACCCAACCUGCAGUCCAUGAGGCUUCAACGGACACCCCUGCUGACAUUGGUGUUUUUGUGGGCGAUCCUUCGUCAGCAACUGAUGGACAGAAAUAUGCUCUUCUGAAGACUCGACAAAUACCCGUUUUCCCCGGAAACAACUGGCCGCAUGAGACAAGAUCGGGAAAAAAGAGACACCUCAAUGCACGGCAUUUCGAGAUUCAUGGAUCGUGGCUGUGUUACUCACAUGAACCAGCUGGACUGUUCUGCAAAGUCUGCCUGUUCUUCGCAGAUCGGGACGCGGUCAGACGACGAAAUGGCAGCACAGCGCCCGUGACCUUCAUCAACAAAGGAUGCACCCGAUACAGCAGGCUCACAGGCAGUGAGGGAUACUUCGACGCCCACUGCAACACAAACUACCACAAGGACGCCUCCCUGGUCGCACUAGAUUUUAUCUACGCAUUCGAGCAUCCCGCCAAGUCAAUAGAUCAACAACUGGACAAACAGGUUCAUCAGAGAGUUGCAGAAAACCGGAAACGCCUCAAGCCCAUCGUCAGCACAAUUGUUUUUGCUGGUCGGAUGGGACUUCCUCUCCGCGGUCAUCGAGACUCUGGGUCGCUGACGGUUCCAGAGACGGUGGAAGACAUUGACGCCGAGUGUGGCAACCUGAGAGCACUUCUACAAUUCAGAGCGGUCAGUGGGGACGAAGACCUCAAAGAGCACCUGAUAUCCUGCAAGAAAAACGCUACCUACCUCGGCAUGCAGUCUCAGAACGAGAUCAUUGGGGACAUCGGAGACCAGAUACAACAGACAAUCGUCAAGAAGAUCAAGAAAGCGAGGUUUUUCACAGUGAUCGCAGACGAAACAACUGAUGUGUCGCGCAAAGAGCAAAUGUCACUCUGUGCUCGUUUCGUCACUGAUGGGCGAAUCAACGAGGAGUUUCUGGCUUUUGUGGAAGUCAAAGACUUGACUGGUUCAGGGCUAGCAGAAAAAAUACUCUCAACAAUCCGCCAUCUUGGACUGGACCCACAAGACCUUGUCGGACAGAGUUACGAUGGGGCAUCGGCGAUGUCGGGAGUUCACAGCGGUGUGCAAUCGCGAGUUCGUGAGUUGUUUCCACGUGCAAUCUGGAUGCACUGUGCCUCCCAUUGCCUCAACUUGGUAAUCUCAUCAAGUAGCAACGUUCCAGCUAUUACAGCGGCUGACGGCCUCAUCAACAAGGUAGCCAACCAUCUGAGGAGAUCUGCAAAACGAUCAGAAGUUUUCAAAGCAGCAGUAGAGGCUGUCCACCCCGAAACGUCCCACACAGUGCUACCUCGUCUGUCGGAUACCAGAUGGGUCGAGCGACAUGAUGCAGUCCUGGUCUUCGCAGAGCUCUACGACUCAAUUGCGAUGACUUUGGAGCAGAUCAGCCAGUGGAACGACAGAGAAGCUGCCUCCGAGGCAAUAUGUCUUCUUGCAGCCAUUUCCCGUCAUGAGUUUGUCAUUUCUCUGCAGUGCUUGAAACAUGUGCUCAUCCUGACAAAGCCCGUCAGCAUCAAAUUGCAAGCUGUGGAUCUCGAGCUGGUGGGAUGUCUCAAACACAUCCGGACUGUGUGCAACCUUCUACAGACAUGGCGAGACGGAUCUGGGAGCGGUUCUUUUGACAAUGAGUACAAAGAUGCUGAAGAGAUGGUUGGCGAACUUCGGAUAGAUGCCCUUCCUUCUGCCAGCCGACGACGUAGAACGACUACUCAACCAACAGCAUCAGACCCGAAAACGCACUAUUUGCAUACAGUUUAUUUGCCUUUCUUAGAUUAUUUGCUACAAGACUUCAACGAUCGGUUCCUGCAACACUCCGAGAAGAUAUCAGGACUCGCUCGUCUUCUGCCUUCCAGCAUACACGACUGCUCACUUGAUCCUGAUGACAUUUGCGAUUGCCUCGAGUUUUACGGCCCCCUUCUUCCCAGUUCCUCUGGUGUCGCAGCCGAGAUCGAGCUGUGGCAACAGAAGUGGGUUCACGAUGAAAAUGCCCCAUCAACCGCCGUGGAAGCUCUUGAGCACUGUGAUCCAGCUUUCUUCUCGAAUGUCAGUGUUCUUCUUACGGUGCUUGCGACCCUUCCAGUGACAACUUGCUCAGCAGAGCGCUCCUUUUCUGUUUUGCGUCUCCUUAAGACGUAUCUGAGGUCCAGAAUGGGAGAAGAGCGUCUGACGGGACUUGCAAUGAUGUACGUACAUUCAGACCUCAAGAUUGACCUGGACGACAUUAUCAACCGUUUCAGCCAGAAGAACCGACGACUAGAGUUCCAACGAUAA